CUCCCUCAACAUACACUAUAUUACCAAAAGUAUUGGGAUACCCCUCCAAAUAAUUGGAUUCAGGUGUUCCAAUCACCUCCAUGGCCACAGGUGUAUAAAAUCAGGCACCUAGGCAUACAGACUGCUUCUACAAACAUUUGUGACAGAAUGGAUCGCUCUCAGGAGCUCAGUGAAUCCAAGCGUGGUACUGUGAUAGGUUGUCACCUGUGCAAUAAGUCCAUUCGUGAAAUUUCCUUGCUACUAAAUAUUCCACGGUCAACUGUUAGUGGUAUUAUAACAAAGUGGAAGCAACUGGGAACAACAGCAACUCAGCCACGAAGUGGUAGGCCAAUUAAAAUGACAGAGCGGGGGCAGCGCAUGCUGAUGUGCACAGUGCACAGAAGUCGCCAGCUGUCUGCAGAGUCAAUAGCUAAAGACCUCCAAACUUUGUGUGGCCUUCAGAUUAGCACAACAACAGUGCGUAGAGAGCUUCAUAGAAUGGGUUUCCAUAGCCGAGUAGCUGCAUCCAAGCCUUACAUCAACAAGUGCAAUGCAAAGUGUCGGAUGCAGUGGUGUAAAGCACGCCGCCACUGGAUUCUA